UUAACCUAUAUUCCCUCUCCCCUCAUAUUUGCCUUUUCUCUUACCUCGCAAAACAAGCAAUCAACAACACAAAAAAAGGGUUUUAUUGUCUCUGUUAGCUCACACCGAUCAUCAUCCAAUGGCAAAUAAUAACUCUCGCUCCGAUUCUCGUCACAGCCUCUCCGUCGCGCCACCUCACCAGAUCUCCAAAGAUGCUCAAGGGUCUGAUAAUCCUAUUCCGCUUUCACCACAAUGGCUUCUGCCAAAGCCGAGUGAGAAUAAGCCUGGAGUAGGAAGUGGGGAAAGCCAUUUCAGCCCCUUUCCAGGUUAUGCAAAUCGCUCAGAGAACACAAAGUCGUCAGGAAAUGUUGAGGAGGUGCAUGAUCCCCAAAAGAAAAAGGAUGUCUUCCGGCCUUCCUUGCUUGAUAUGGAAACUGGUCGCCGUGAUCGCUGGCGUGAUGAAGAAAGAGACACCAAUUCCUCCCUGGUGCGCAAAGAUCGUUGGAGGGAUGGAGAUAAAGAGCUUGGUGACACGAGACGGAUGGAUCGCUGGACAGAAAAUUUGUCAACCAGACAUUAUGAUCCACGACGUGCUCCUUCUGAGCGCUGGACUGAUUCAGGUAACAGGGAGACUAAUUAUGAUCAGCGACGAGAGAGCAAGUGGAAUACACGCUGGGGGCCUAAUGACAAGGAGACAGAAACUGUGCGGGACAAGUGGACGGACUCUGGCAGAGAUGGUGAUGCAUCUCUUGAGAAAGGGUUGGCUCAUCUUCCUGGCCAUGGAAAGGAUGAGAGGGAGGGCGAUCAUUUCCGGCCAUGGAGAUCUAAUUCCUCUCAAAGUCGUGGAAGGGGAGAACCUCUGCAUCAUCAAACUUUAAUAUCCAACAAACAGGUUCCUACAUUUUCUCAUGGCCGAGGCCGCGGGGAAAGUUCUCCAAUUUUUUCUAUUGGUCGAGGGAGGGUUAAUAAUGCUGGUGGAAAUGCUGUGAACAGUAUUUCGUCUCAUUCUCAACCUUUGGGAGCUAUUUUGGACAGAGGGGAAAGUGGCCCUUUAAGAUAUAAUAGAACAAAAUUGCUUGAUGUGUACAGGAAGACUGACAUGAAAUUGAUUAACAAACUAUUAGAUGGGUUUGUACAAGUGCCUUCUCUCACACAGGAAGAAUCAUUAGAGCCAUUGGCACUUUGCACCCCUAAUUCUGAGGAGAUGGCUGUUCUGGAAGGAAUUGAGAAAGGGGAUAUUGUAAGUAGUGGUGCACCUCAGAUAUCCAAAGAGGGAUCUUUGGGGCGGAAUUCUAUGGAUUUGCAAUCAAGACGAACCAAACAUGGUAGUAGGGAAGAUGUUGCAUUUUCUACUGACGAUUCUAAAGACGAGAGCAGUGACAAUUUGAAGGGUGGCCAUGGAACUUAUACAGAGGGGUUUUCCCAUGAGAGGCAGACACUGUAUCAUGGUCCCAAUAUGGAAUCAGAAGGCAUGAUGGACAAUAAGACAAUUCAUGAAAACAAGUUAAAACCUGAUGCUGUUAAAGAAGAUAUUGGUUCUUAUAGAAGAGCUGAUGUGGCACCGAUGAGUAGGGAAUCAACCUUACCAGAAAAUAGUUCUGCAUCUCCUGCCACUCCAUGGCGAGUCCAUUCAUUGGGGGAACAGUUGCCUACAGUCUCACACGACUGGAGAGAGAUUCCAGGUGAUGUCAGGUCAAGAACCCCUGAUAUGGGCUGGAGUCAACCGCAGAAGGAUCUUGAUGAUCAAUGGGAAAGUCAUUCGAUUAACCCAUCAUACCCCAAAGCUGAAGCAAAAUGGAAAGGCAGUGAGGGCCCCAUCAUUAAAAGGCAGUUAUCAGCUGUUCUCGAUAGGGAGCCAGAAGGCAAGAAGCUUUCUCAACCUUCACCUGAGAAUCUAGUUCUUUAUUAUAAAGAUCCUCAGGGUGAAAUUCAAGGUCCCUUUUCUGGUGGUGAUAUUAUUGGAUGGUUUGAGGCUGGAUAUUUUGGAAUAGAUUUGCAAGUUCGGCUUGCAACUGCUUCAAAGGAUUCACCCUUUUCUUCCCUAGGUGAUGUCAUGCCUCAUUUACGAGCUAAGGCAAGACCACCACCUGGGUUCAACGUCCCAAAACAAGGUGAACUCGUUGAUGCAUCAACUAGGCCUAACUUUACUAACUUUGGAAAUAUUCAUUCUGGAUUAAGUGAGCAUGAUCUUAUAAGAAAUGAACAAAGGCUGAAACCUGGUUCGACAACAGAAGCUGAAAAUAGAUUCUUGGAAUCACUGAUGGCUGGAAACACUAAUAAUUCGUCUCAAGGUAUGCAAGGAUUUAUUGGAAACACUGCAGCUAGUGCUUCCCCAUCUGGUGUUGAUGGUGGAAAUGACCUAUAUCUUCUAGCGAAGAGGAUGGCACUGGAGCGUCAGAGGUCGUUAUCUAGUCCUUAUCCAUAUUGGCCAGGGAGGGAUGCUGCAUUGGCGGCUUCAAAGUCUGAGGUUCUUGCAGACUCUCCAAUGGCACAUGCAAAACUCCUAUCUUCGUUGACAGAAAAUCCUCGUCAGCCUCCUCUUUCUCAAAGUGCUGAAUUGAUGUCCAUCCUCCAAGGUCCUGCCUCUGGCAUAAAUAACGGUGUUACUGGUUGGUCAAAUUUCCCUAUUCAGGGUAGCCUGGAUUCUCUUCAGGAUAAGAUUGACCCACAUCAUUCCCAGAAUUUCCCCCCACAACCUCCGUUUGGACAACAAAGGCUGCAGUCACAGAAACCAUCCUCUUUAACAAAUCUACUUGGUCAAGCUGCAGAUAAUCCAUCUGGCAUUUUGACACCCGAAAUAUUACUCUCCACUGGGUUAUCUCAAGAUCCACAAGUACUAAAUAUGUUGCAGCAGCAGUACUUGAUGCAGUUACAUUCCCAGGCUCCUCUUUCGACACAACAGCUCUCCGUUUUGGAUAAGCUUUUGUUAUUCAAACAGCAGCAGAAACAGGAGGAGCAACAACAGUUACUGCGUCAACAGCAGUUGCUUUCUCAUGCUCUAUCAGACCAUCAUCCUCACCAACAUUUUGGUGAGUCGCCCUAUGGUCAGUUCCAUACUUCCACAAUAGCUACAGGAAAUGUAUCUGUUGAUCCUUCUCGGCUUCAGCCAUCAAAAGAGAUGCUCCAGAUUGCUUCUCAGAUACCAGUUUCAAAUUUGCAAGAUGAACACACUGCUAGUUUGAUGAAUUUGCAUGCACAAGUUACACAAGGUGUUGGUUAUAAUGUUAAUUCUGAAGCGUCUUCUUUUCAAUUUCCACAUCAAAUGCUAGGGAAUGUUAAUGGUCAAAACAAUUGGGAUACUACUCUUCCUCAACAAAUUAGCGAAAUCCACCAGGAGUCUUUGCUGGCACCAUCACUUGGAAUGAUGGACAAAUCUUCACAAGAGUCUUCGAGUAUGCAUGAACCUAUCCUUCCACUUUCUGCAGAGCGAAUAUCAGAAGACAGUUGGAGAACUGAAGAGAUUCCAGAGGUUGCAAUACAAGGAGCUUCUGCGGAUGAUGUUCAACUGGAGUCUUCUGGAAUAUCUGUUACUAAACCUAUAACAGGAAUUCGCGAGAAUGAAGUAACUAAGCCGGAACAUGCUGAUAUUACGAAAGUUCCGCUAGAUAUUACUGUCAAUGAGAAGCAGGUUGAAAAGGAAAGAUCCAGUGUUGAGCUGUCUGUGGUGACAGAAGUCAAAAAUGUGGAAGCUCGUGAAUUGAAAAAAGCUUCCGAGAAGAAACCCAGAAAGCAGAAAUCUAUAAAGAACUCUACUGACCAGGUUAAGGGAUCAUCAAAGAAUUUAUCCAUGCUGCCAAUAAAGCAAUCAGAUAAUGAAGGACCACAAGUUGGUGACAGCAAGUCUGAGUCUCACGACCGGCUAGGAGCAGCUUUUCAUGAACAAAUGAGUGAGAUCAAGUCUGAGAUUUCUGCUGCUGGAAAUAAGGACAUCAGACAAGUUAAAAGUCUAUUGUCUUCAAGCAAUUCUGGAGAUACUUCUGAAAUUACAGAAGUUAAGGAUGAACCUGAAGCUGUUGGGUCUGUUUCACACAUUUCAAAGGUAAAUCUGACUCAACGAGCUUGGAAACCUGCUCCCGGUUUCAAACCAAAAUCUUUGUUGGAAAUUCAAUUGGAAGAACAGAGAAAGGCGCAGGCAGAAAUUACAGUUUCUGAGAUCACCACUUCAGUUAACUCUAUGAGUUCUUCAACUCCUUGGGUUGGGGUCGUGGCCAGUUCAGAAGCAAAAAUUUCUAGAGAAACUCCGAGAGAUGCAAUUAAAUCAGAGAUAAAUGCAGGCAAACCAGAAAUUUCUCCAAAUUCAAAGAGCAAGAAAAGCCAGUUACAUGAUUUAUUAGCAGAAGAGGUUUUGGCAAAAUCUGAUGAUAGAGAGAUGGAAGUUCCUGACAGUGUGUCUAGCUUACUUUCCCAUCAAGUAACUACUAAUGUGGAAUCUAUUGACGACAGCAACUUCAUUGAAGCUAAAGAUAGUAAAAAGAAUCGCAAGAAGUCUGCCAAAGCUAAGGGUACUGGUACUAAGGUUGCAGCUCCCACAACUUCUGCUGAUGUGCCUAUUAGUUCAAGCCCCAUUGACAAAAGCAAAAGCUCUCGUCUCAUACAACCAGAGAAGGAAGUAUUACCUACAAUUCCAUCAGGCCCUUCUUUAGGAGACUUUGUUUUUUGGAAAGGGGGGGAGUCAACAACACCUUCCCCUUCUCCAGCGUGGUCUACUGAGAGCAAAAAGCUUCCUAAACCCACAUCUCUAAGGGACAUCCAAAAGGAGCAGGAGAAAAAGUUUUCUUCUGUCCAGCCUCAGAAUCCAAUUUCGACUCCUCAGAAACCCCAGCCAAGUCAAGUGGCCCAUGCAAGUGGUGCUUCAUGGUCGCUUUCUGCUUCUUCUCCCUCUAAGGCUGCUUCUCCUAUGCAGAUUAAUUCUCAUUCUGCUUUGCAGUCAAAAUAUAAAGGAGAUGAUGAUCUUUUCUGGGGCCCAGUUGAUCAAUCCAAGCAAGAAACUAAGCAGUCAGAAUUCCCUCAUCUGGUGAGCCAGGGCAGUUGGGGAGCCAAAAACACUCCUGUAAAAGGAAGUCCUAGUGGGUCAAUAAACCGGCAAAAAUCCAUAGGUGGCAGGCAAGCUGAGCGUACUCUUUCGUCUUCACCUGCCUCUGCCCAGUCAUCUCUUAAAGGAAAAAGAGAUGCAAUGAACAAACAUUCAGAGGCCAUGGACUUCAGAGAUUGGUGUGAAAGUGAGUGUGUCAGACUUACUGGGACAAGAGAUACUAGUGUCCUGGAGUUUUGCUUGAAGCAAUCCAGGUCAGAGGCUGAAUUGCUUCUGAAAGAGAACCUUGGGCCAAAUGAUCCUGAUGAUGAGUUCAUUGACAAAUUCCUUAAUUAUAAGGAGCUGUUACCAGCGGAUGUACUCGAAAUUGCCUUCCAGAGUCGGAAUGAUCGGAUGGCCACUGGGCUUGGUGCCAGAGACAUGAAUUCUGACAAUGUGGGAAGUAGGGAUUUUGACCAUGAUUUUGCAGCAGGAGCUGACGGGUCGUCUAAGGGUGGAGGAAAGAAGAAAGGGAAAAAGGGCAAGAAGGUUAGCCCUGCAGUUUUGGGCUUUAGCGUUGUUAGUAACCGGAUUAUGAUGGGUGAGAUUCAGACAGUAGAAGAUUAGAGUUCCAAAAGGCGCAUGUAAAUACAAUUUGGUUCUAACUGUUUGUAAAUGCUGUCUUAGUGUUCUUUUGUUUUUUUGUUUCUUUCCUUCAUAGCAACCACAGCAGUACUAAUUAUCUGCUCAAGCAAUUUUGUGGAGUAAUAUUUAAGCGGUAGAGUUGAUGUUAGUCUAGUCAUAGAACACUCGGAGCGAGGUUUAUUUAAGAAAAUCAAAGCUAACUUGAGUCAUUUGAUUUGAACUCUUAUUAUUUUAUCUUCAUGCACUUUGUGCAAUUUCUCAUGUAAAUUAGGAGAAUUUUAGUAUUUUCAGUCUAGAGAUUUCUUUA